AUGGCCUUGUCGAAAGUCUUUUCCUUCCUCGCGCUAAACGGUCUUGCAUUGUCGGCGAUCAUCAGCACGCCAGCCCCUUCAGAUGCGUUCCUCACAACGACUACUCAGACGGGGGUUGUUCGCGAAACAAUCACCCUUGCUUCUGGGCUCGUCGGCGUAGUUGAUGGCACUGUUCUUGUCCUGGCCAACACUACCCUCACUCCGGCCCCAACGGCUUACACAGUCGGACACCAUACCAUCUCUCUAGGUUCUGACCGAGUCGUGGUUGUCGACGGGGAGACUACUACCCUUCCCUCGCCAGGGGAUGCUGGUGACUCGUCGUCUCAACCCUCCACCACAGUAGAAUCUUCCGAGACAGAGCUUUCCGGUUCAACUGGUUCUUCUGACACACCACAAGACACUCCCACUACCACCACUGGCUCAGCUCAGAGCGGGAGCGCCGACUUGCCUACGCUCUCAGACACAACAAGUGGCAGUGGAAGGUUGACUACUUCUGAUGGGCUGGGUUCAGAUUCCACCACCGAGCCUACAUCGACUACCACUGGGCCCAGCUCAGACUCAACCCCCGGAUCUGAUUCUGGCUCAACUAGUGAGCCUAGUCCCAUCUCAGAUGGCCAAGACGUUACCCAAUCUGUGUCCCAGACGACCAGUGAAACCACCACAAUUAGCCCAAUCACUGGAACCGUGACUGAAGCCCCGGCUGGAUUCUCCACCGAGCUCAUCACCAACUCGGAUUUGACAACCAACACUUGGAUAACUACAACCAAGGAUGACCAAGAGACAGUUGUUCCAGUGCUUGUCGGAUGUCCAGGAUGCGGUGGGGCAUUCGGGGGCAUCAUUCUCUGGGGUCUGCCGUCCAUCACCAACGUCGUCUUCAACCUUCCGGGCCUCCCCUCGUUCUACCUCCCCUGCAUCCAGGUGCUAGGGGCUUCUAUUGGUCAGUGUACACAGGGCCCCUCUGAUCCUCCCGAAGACAACAAACCCGACCCGUCGAGCCGUCCAGACGAUAAAACAAAGACCAAGGAGCGCGAGACGUCAGCUUCCAGUUCUACAUGCGACGCUACCGAGACGGCCACGGAUGUCUUUGUCGCUUGCAGCACCGGUUCGGCCGACGGCAGUGCGACAACCACCUGCACCACAUCAACCAGGAUUGUCACCGGUUGCAGUGUCUCUGGGUCGACUAUAACCUCCCUUACCGGAGGUGUUUGUCUUCUCAGGCCGACUCCUGAUGCACGGGGCCCGAUCGGGACAUACUCCUUCCAAGGGUAUGUGCCUUUUAGCCUCCCGGAUAUCACUGGAACAGUAUCGGAAAUAGAAUCCAGCACGACAUCCAGCACUGAAUCAACAGUGGAAUCCAGCACAGUAUCGGCCACUCAACCGCCCACAUCAACGUCCUUCUCAACCCUCAUAUCCACUGCUUCCAGCACAACCCUACCCCCUCGCGUCCCAGCACCAGCCAUCACAAUGACCACAACAGCAACUCCAGAAUGCGUCCAAGGCUAUCAAACAUACACCAUGACUGCUGUAGCUUCAGCUCCCGCAAAUGCGGACUCGAUAAGGGUCUUCAUUCCCGAGGCAGACCGUCCCGGGAUGAAAUGGGAGGUGUCUCUCCCCCCGAUCCAGUUCUUUGGCGUCCCAAUCGACGUGAGAGGGAAUAUCCGUUCUUGGCGAGUGGGAACCUCGGAUGAGGGGACGACGCUUGCUAGCGGUGAUGGGGGAAAAGACAUGAGCAUCAAGUGGGAGACGCCAAGAUUCCCCUCCACUCACGGGGCAGAACAAACUAACGUGUUUAGGGUUGUCGCGCAAAGUGAUGGUGUAAGUCCCCUAGAUAAUACUCAAGCAUCAGAAUCUAACGCAGAAGCCAGCGGACCUGCAUGCCAUCUCAUUGCAACGAUCCCCCAACGAUUCCACCAUCCAAUUUGUUCACAAGGACCCGUCACGCCAAGAGCUGACUGUCUAGUCCUCGAGGACGGCUUUCUCCUUUCAUUUUUCUUCCAAAUAACCAUCAUCACCAACAACUGGGUGACGGAUAACGGCGAGAAACUAAAGAAAGAGGAGAAGGGCUGUGGGGCGAUCACAGAGUGGAAUGUGAGGAAGAUCAAUAGGGAGGUCGCGGAUGGAUCUUGGACGGCCACCCACGAAGUGACGUUCACUCUGCCUCUGACGAUCAAGGCAGGCUGUGUAGAGAGAGCGAUAGCUAGUGCUGGAGGGCCGAGUGGGCUGAAAUGCUUUAAUUCAGUGAGCGACUGGGUUUUAAUGCAGUUUAAGAUCAGAGAUGAUAGUGACAAGAUAAGGCACUUCAGGUCGCAUGCGCUCUCACCAUUGCUUGGGCUGAUCGAUAGCCACGGCCAAUUUACGAGACGGGAAAGAAACCUAUCCCCUCGUGUAUCUUUGCGAGAAGAGAGGAGGUCGAGGCCUAAUGUAUCCCUGCUGACUGGAUCACCACCACAACCCACCAGCGAGAUGGGUCUCAACAACAUCACAACAGCGUAA